CCCUGCCACUGCACCCGAUCUUCAGGCCAGCGGCCCACCCCAUCCCUUCCCCAGGCCAGCCCCUGGCUCUAAGCAGCGCAGUCCCCUCCUUUGCUUGUUGCCAGUGCCUCCUGCAGCUCUGCAGGCCUACAAUCAUCCCUUCUCUGCCUGCACAAUCUCUGAUCAGGCAUAUGUGAAUAUGCCUAGGUUCCCUGUCAAUGGUCCUCACACUGUGGCGCAUUUCUGCAAUCCCAUUGUCAAUGGGAGAUGGGUCCCCGGGUACCCACAAAAUCCAGGUAAUCAAGGCAAUGUGAAUGUCAUGAAUUCAUGA